GCUCUGGUUUGGCUGUAGUUUCUCUGUGUCUCAGGACGGACCGGACACUUCUGACCUCUUCCCUCUCGCUGAACAAGUUAAAGAAAAAGAUUCAACAUGAAUCUUUACCUGAGCCUCGUGGCCCUCGUGGCCCUGAUCUGCGCUGUGGACGCGAACAUGCGCAGGGCUCCCAAAGUGCAGCUGUACAGCCGUGACCCCGGAGAGUACGGCAAAUCCAACACUCUGAUCUGCCACGUCAGCCAGUUCCACCCUCCGGACAUCAGCAUCACUCUGCUGCGCGACGGACACGAGCUGUCCGACUCCGUCCUGACCGACCUCGCCUUCAAACAGGACUGGCACUUCCACCUGACCCGCAGCGCCCCCUUCAGCCCGAGUGGCGACGCUAAAUACACCUGUAGAAUCGACCACGGCGGCAAAGUCACCGACUACAUCUGGGAUCCAAACAUGUGAGUCCUGCUCCCUCAGGCCUCGGCUCCCAUCAUGCACCUCCUCAGCUCCCAUCAUGCACCUCCUCAGCUCCCAUCAUGCACCUCUUCAGCAGGAAACAAUCAUCAGCUCUUCCUCCUCAGUUUGACGCUCACAAAUAUGCACCAUAAUCCACAACGAUACCCAGAUGAUUCCCUCUACCAAACCGAUACUCGACCGAUACCCAAACCGAUUCCCCUCUGCUUCACGUUGACUCUGGCUGUGGGAUUUUAAUCAUCAAUAGAAAACAGUUUCUUGUCUGCUUUGGAUUUUUAUUUAGAGAUGAUCGUUUUUAUAUUUAUAAUUCAUGUUUUAUAGAUGAGGACUAAACCAGGACUAAACCAGGACUAAACCAGGACUAAACCAGGACUAAACCGGGUCUAAACCAGGACUAAAUCAGGACUAAAUCAGGACUAAACCAGGUCUAAACCAGGACUAAAUCAGGACUAAAUCAGGACUAAACCGGGUCUAAACCAGGACUAAACCAGGUCUAAACCAGGACUAAAUCAGGACUAAAUCGGGUCUAAACCAGGACUAAAUCGGGACUAAACCGGGACUAAACCAGGACUAAACCGGGACUAAACCAGGACUAAACCGGGUCUAAACCAGGACUAAAUCAGCACUAAAUCGGGACUAAACCAGGUCUAAACUGGGACUAAACUGGGGCUAAACCAGGACUAAACCGGGUCUAAACUGGGACUAGACUAAACCAGAAUCAGACCAGGACUAAACCAGAACCAGACCAGGACUAAACAGGACUGCUGUAGACUCAUCGAUCGUGCGGUUGGUGGUUUGUAAAUACAUUUGAUCUUUGAAUAAAACUUUACAAAAUGGAA